CAUUUUGACAUUACGGUUUUGAGGUUACCUGGGCUGCAAUGAUCCUUGCACUAAUAUUUAAAAUUAGUUGUUCUGUUACGAAAUGAGUUGACUCUAUCCCAUAAAGCAAUGAUUCUGUUCCGCAAUUCCGUUACUUUACUUGUCCGACGUACCGCAUGCUAUAAUUCUCUCCGGUAUGAUCAUUCCGGGGGCCUGGUCAGAGUGCGAUUCGCACCCAGCCCAACAGGCUUUCUACACCUCGGAGGGCUUCGCACCGCACUAUACAAUUAUUUGUUUGCAAAAAAAGCAAAUGGACGUUUCAUAUUAAGAAUAGAAGACACAGAUCAGACUCGUCGAGUAAAAGGAGCUGCCGAAAAGAUCAUCGAGGAUUUGAGCUGGGCUGGGAUUGAAAUUGACGAGGGUCCUAACAUCGGAGGGAAAUAUGGUCCUUACGUGCAAAGUGAACGCUUAGAUCUUUACAGGACCGAAGUCAAAAAAUUAUUAGAAAAUGGAAAUGCCUAUUAUUGUUUUUGUACCGAAAGGCGGUUGGAGUUAUUACGGAAAGAAGCACUGCGAACCAGACAAGUACCAAAGUACGAUAAUAAAUGUCGACACCUCACACCUGUCCAAAUUGCUGAAAAACUAACAAACAACAAAGAGUUCUGCAUACGAUUCAAACUGGAGUCGUACACUGAACCAAUUGAUGAUCUAGUCUAUGGAAAAGUAGCAUAUGACGUCGCCGAAAAUGAAGGCGAUCCUGUGAUUAUAAAGUCAGACGGAUUUCCCACUUAUCACUUUGCCAAUGUUGUUGAUGACCAUUUUAUGAAUAUUACGCAUGUUCUCCGUGGGGUUGAAUGGCAGAUAUCGACUACAAAGCAUUUGCUCUUGUACAAAGCUUUUGGAUGGCGUCCACCGAAAUUCGGCCAUUUACCAUUACUCAUCAAUGCCGAUGGGACGAAACUGAGUAAGAGACAGGGUGAUAUACAUAUAAGCCAUUAUAGGGAUUCGGGAAUAUUACCACAGGCCCUAGUCAAUUACGUAACUCAAGCUGGUGGAGGUUUCAUCAGGCAACAAGGUUUGAAACCGAAGUCAUAUACCAUGACUGAAUUAUCUUCACAGUUUGACGUCAGUGUGAUAAACUCGCAUCCUAGUAAAUUGAAUCCAGAUUUAUUAGAUCAGUGUAACCGCUUAGAAAUUAUACGGCAAUUAAACGACCCAAAAGGCUAUCAGAAAUUGGUUUCUGAAGUUAUCAAUUUGGUGAAACAAAAAUAUGGAAAGAAAGAAACCGAAUUAGAUUUGGAUGUAAAUCACGUGAAAAAUAUCCUCCAAACUACAGCUUGCCGGAUUUCUUCAAUUCAGGAGUUGGUUGGUAAAAAAUUAUCCUUUUUGUGGAUACUGCCUAAGACCGAAAUUGGAGACCUUCCGAAAGGUACGUUUAUUAUAAAUGAUUUGAAUUCGAUUCUAAUUGCUUCUCUCUAUCUAGAAACAUUGGAUGAACUACUAAAAGGACUAGAACAGCAGGAGUUCAAUAAGACGCCAAUUAAUAAGUUUUUAAAAGAUUUUGCUUCCAAAGAGCAAUUGAAGUUUUCGACUUUUAUGAGGUCGUUGAGAUCAAUAUUAAGCGGGCUUGAUGAAGGUCCCGCGGUUGCAGAAAUGAUGGAACUAUUAGGGAAAGAUGUGACUUUACGACGUAUUCGUGGUGCUUCUAAUAAAAAAUGAAGCAAAUUAAAUAUGUGUGUUAGUCAAUCCCAAAGUCGAUAAAUAAAAGCAUAUGAAUUAUA